AUGAGUUCCUCAUCUUCAAGAUCAUCCUUUAGAUCAACAUCUUCUUCAAGAUACUCUCACAAAAAACAAUAGAGAAGAAGAAACUAAAAGAAAGAGGAUUAAGAUGCUGGCUAUUUUGAGCAUCAAAUAGACAUGUAAAUAAAAGAAGGAUAAUUUGUGAUCACAAGAUUUUUAGAAGAUGACACCUUUGGUCGUGUUUUAGAAGUCAGGACUUGCAACACUACUAAUAAUAAAAAUUACUAUGUCAUGAAAGUAAAAUUAUUUGGAUUUAAACAUGCAUACUGGCUAUAGAAAGGUAUAAUUAAAAUAUCUUAAAAUUGAU